AAUUCAGGAAGUUCAUGAAACUAAACGGCGAGAUGCUUGACUUCAUGUACAAAAAGGAUCAACGCACACAGAGAAACGUUUAUAGCAGAUGCACAACGUGACUUCACAGACGCCAUGUUGAUUGCCCAGAAAGAGGCAGAGGGGGAAGAAGACCAGGAGCUGCUAGAACAGAUCACCAACACGCAUCUCGGCCAGACAGUAGCGGAUGUUUUCACAGCGGGCUUGGACACGUCUCGACAGACUCUGUAUUGGACAGUCCUGUUCCUUGCAGCCCACCCGGAAGUACAAGCGAAACUCCAUGCGGAAGUGGACAGGGUGCUGGGUGAGCGGCGAGUACCGAUGCUGUCCGAGAGACACAAGCUGCCGUACACCGAAGCCGUGCUCUAUGAGAGUAUGCGGAAAGGGACAGUGGCGCCUCUGAGUCUCCCCCACUCAACCACUUGUGAUACAACUGUCGCUGGCUACGAGAUUCCAAAAGGGACGAUGGUGUUUGCCAACAUCUUCGCUAUCCACCAUGAUCCAAGACACUGGAAGGAACCGGAAGUGUUUAAUCCCGAACGUUUCCUAGACGAUUCCGGAAGGUUUGCACCGAAGUCAGAAAGUUGGAUGCCUUUCUCUGUCGGCAAGAGGGCGUGUAUGGCGGAAGCUUUGGCCAAACCGGAACUGCAUGUUGUCUUGGCCUCGCUCAUGAGGUGUUUUGAGAUUCGACUGCCGGUCGGAGUGACCCCUGACCUUGAACCGGACGACGGAAGCUUUUCAUUUACGCCUAAGCGCUAUCAGGUUGUCGUCAAAAACAGAUUUGCAUGAGAUUGGAAGAUGUGACAAUCCAGCUGAUGUCCAAGUGUACGAGGAGUACCAAUUUUACACAUAACUGAAUUAUGCUGCUAAUAUAUGUUGUCAGCUUACGUAAGAAUAAUUUGGUAGAAAGUAAUGGUUGAUGGAAACAUUUUCCCUAGCAUACAUUAGUUAUCAAACUUUAAAUAUAAAAAUAUGUGUGCUUUGUCAUAUCUAGCUCGUCUGUAAAUCGUCGCCUCCAGCUAUGUGAUUUCAUAAUCACCUUUUGCCAUGUGGUUCUAUCGUUACCUCUUA